UUCCACUCGAGGCCAGUUCCCCGAUUUAAUCGGCGAUUAAUUCUCUCUCUCUCUCCUCCACUCGCUUUCCUCUCUCUAGACUUAAAAUUCAACCUAAAUGCAAUUCAAAUAAAUGUUAAUCUCAGAUGCAACCCAAAUUUUGUCUCCCUCCCAUCCGCAACCCCAUUUCAUCUCUCCGCUUCUCGCCUCCGCCGCAUCGGAUUCCAUUAUCAACUCCCUUCACUUUAUGGAAUGACUGACUACCGUUUACCCCCCACCAUGAAUCUCUGGGCGGAUGACAACGCCUCCAUGAUGGAUGUUUUCAUGAACACCGAUCUCAGUUCUUUCUGGGUUACGCCGCCGCAGCCGCAGCCGCAGCAACUUCCUCACCCACCCUAUUCGACGUCAACUGACCCGAGUAAACCCGUCGGUCAAGCACCACCACCGUCGGUUUUUAACCAAGAGACUCUUAUGCAGCGUCUCCAAACGUUGAUUGAAGGUGCUCAUGAGAACUGGACUUACGCUAUUUUCUGGCAGUCUUCGUAUGAUUAUUCCGGCGGUACGGUGUUGGGGUGGGGAGAUGGAUAUUAUAAAGGGGAGGAAGAUAAAGGGAAAGAGAAAGCGAAAUCGAGCACUUCGAAAGCAGAGCAAGAGCACCGGAAGAAGGUACUUCGUGAGCUUAAUUCUCUCAUUUCUGGUUCUCCUACCUCUGAAGGUGACGCCGUCGAUGAGGUUGUCACCGACACCGAGUGGUUCUACUUGGUGUCGAUGACUCAAUCGUUUAUAUCCGGUAUUGGAUUGCCCGGUCAGGCGUUUUUCGAUUCGAACCCUAUUUGGGUUGCUGGUUCGGAUCGGCUUGCGAGUUCGUUCUGUGAGCGAGCUCGUCAGGGUCAGGUUUUCGGGUUGCAGACUAUGGUUUGUAUCCCGUCGGCGAACGGAGUUGUUGAAUUGGGAUCGAGUGAUUUGAUUUUUCAAAACUCCGAUCUGAUGAAUAAGGUUAGGGUUUUGUUUAAUUUCAAUAAUCUGGAGGUUGAGACUUGGCCAAUUAGUGGGGUUGACCAAGGGGAAAAUGAUCCUUCUUCGCUUUGGAUUAGCGAACCAUCUUCAAACGCCGCCAUUGAAAUUACUAAUCCUGUUGCUUCAGCUUCAGUUCCAACUCCAAGCACAACAAACAGCCAACCGAUUUCCAAAAUUACAACAGAGUCGAUCGAGAACCAACCUAAAUCUAGUGUUGUGAUUGAAACUCCAAGCUCUGCUACCCCUCCUCCUUCUCAAAAAACUCACCGACUGUCACAGCCGAUUCAGACACAGAGCUUCUUCAACAACAGGGAAUUGAAUUUCUCUGAAUUUGGGUAUGAGAAUGGCCGGUUGAAGGAUGGGAAUUCGACAUCGUUGAAGCCGGAAUCUGGUGAGAUUCUGAAUUUUGGGGAGAGUAAGAGGAAUUCUUACCCCAACACAGAUAACAACUUGCCUUCUGGAAAUUCUUUAUUUGGUGGGGAUGAGAACAAGAAGAAGAGGUCUCCCACUUCACGUGGGAGUAAUGAAGAGGGGAUGCUUUCUUUUACUUCUGGUGUGAUUCUUCCUUCUUCUGGGGGUGUGAAAUCGGGUGUUUGUGCUGGCGAUUCUGAUCACUCUGAUCUUGAAGCUUCGGUGAUUCGUGAGGUGGAGAGUAGUAGAGUGGUGGAACCGGAGAAACGGCCUCGAAAAAGAGGGCGAAAGCCAGCAAAUGGUAGAGAAGAACCAUUGAAUCACGUUGAAGCAGAAAGGCAGAGAAGAGAAAAGCUUAACCAAAGAUUCUAUGCUCUUCGAGCUGUUGUUCCGAAUGUAUCGAAAAUGGACAAAGCUUCACUCCUUGGUGAUGCUAUCUCUUACAUCAAUGAACUCAGAGGGAAGCUUCAAACUGCAGAAUCAGAUAAAGAGGAUUUGCAGAAGCAAUUGGAUUCAGUGAAGAAGUUAAUGAUAUCUUCUAGUAAAGAUCCGUGCAUAUCAAGCUCAAAUCAACCCCCACCAGAUCAAGACAUAAAAUCAUCAAAUAUAAACCAUAACGAUAUCGAAACCGAUAUCGACGUGAAGAUAAUCAGUUGGGAUGCUAUGAUCCGAAUCCAAUCUAGUAAGAAAAACCAUCCUGCUGCACGACUGAUGGUGGCUUUGGAAGAACUUGACUUGGAUAUCAACCACGCGAGCAUCUCAGUUGUCAAUGAUCUCAUGAUCCAACAAGCAACUGUGAAGAUGGGUAGUCGGUUAUACACUCAAGACCAGCUAAGGAUAGCAUUAUCGUCGAAAAUUGGCACAACUCGGUAGCCAUUGUUAUCUCCAUCCACUGUGUUUAUUAUCUGAAGUAGCAUUUGUUUAGAAGAGCUCGAGCCGAAGAAGGGAUAUGCGAUAUGCAAACAGCGUAGGCUCUGUAAUAUACUGUUCUCUACUUGUUCUUUAGGUAGUGGUGUUUUAGUAUUUAAGUGAUUCUGAGAUGAUUCACAUGAAGGAGUUGGAAAGAUAGCAAUGGAGAAGAAAGAAGGAAAGUAGUGGCUUGGCUCCAAUUCAUGUGAAUAGUUAAAAGAAGAAACUUUCUAUUAUUGUAUAUAUUCAAAGCCAUAAAUGUGAACCUGCAGAAGUUUCUGUAUUUGGUCAGUGAAAAUAUUUCCUAUGACAUGUUUGUUAGAUUGUAGUGUUGUAUCUUAUUUCCAAUGUAAAACUCUAUCCAGAAUUUUCUCUUGCUGGAUUGAAGAACAUAAAUGAUUCAAAUAGAAGAAACUCUCUUGGUUCA